AUGAAAACACGAGAUGAGGUAAAGCUAGGUGAUGACGAAAGCAAGGCUCAAGUCGACGGUGGAAAGGUGGUGACGACCGAGAUAAGCGCUGCUGCCGGUUUGGUGGCCGGUGGUCGCUGUGCCGCUGCGUCGCUGUUGGGGGACGCGUUGUUCGGACCUCGUCGUCCGCCGCGUUGUCAAACACGAAUCGUCGACGACGAGCCGAAGAUUAACUCGCUACAGGACGAUUUGGCAGCGAAACACAAACACGGUCGUGCAGCUCGUCGCCAGUUUAUGCGAGGCAAAUUACCGCUGGUGAUGAUUACAUGGACAGUGUCGAUGACGACGGACAAGAUGAUGAUAAUGAGGAAAACGAGUCAGAACUACACCGACCUCUCGUUGGACCUCCUCACUUACGUCGUCGAUCACGUGCUCGAAUCCAGGGUACAGGUUCAGUCAUCCGUCAGAUGGUGCCCGCUUCUUUCCUCUCUCAUUCGCCAGUCGGUCGACACGAUUACGGGUGCUAAUUCGCUAGUUUACGCUCGUUUAAUCAACUUAUACAAUUGUGCAAAAAAUGGAUAA